AAAAGUAAGAGCUGGCAAGUCCAUCCGCGCCGGCGGCACCAAGAGGCAGGCUUCUCCGUCAAGGAAGGCAAAGAGAGAGCGCUUGGAGGCAGCCAAGGAUGGAGUUGAGGAAGGGACGGUCUGAGCUCUCCAAGAGUCCCUGAGCUGGAAGGAGAAGCAAGGGGGCUAGAGGAGAGAGAGAGAGAGAGAGAGAGAGAGAGAGAGAGAGAGAGAGAGAGAGAGAGAGAGAGAGAGAGAUCCUUGCCCUCCACUCUCCAGAUUGAUGGGCAACCCUCGGCUCCUGCCACCUCACCAAGCCUUGGCCAGGGGGGGAAAGGCGAAGGCAAGCGCAAGAGGACGCGCCCUCGGAUGCCUCCUAAGAAAGACUGACAGCACUCAAAGAGCGCAGCCACGGAGCGCCGCUUGACCAGAAAGAGUGUGCGUGAGCCAGAAAGACGAGAGGGCGAAAGAAGAGAGAGGCUCAGGAUUCCGGGCGAGCAGGCGAGUGAGGUCCGAGGGAGACGGAUAGGAGGAGGAGGAGGGGAAAGACAGACGGAGAGAGGGAGGAGGGAGGGCUCCGUCUGGAAGUCGAGCCACCGAGGAGCGCGUCUGGCUCCGCGGAACACCGGAAGGAGAGGAGCCGGUAGGAAAGGCUUGUGGGUGGGGGGAGCAGGGGCAGGUGAGGGGGCCUCUGGAAGGAAAGCCGGGAAGCCAGGGGUGGCGUCGUGGAAGGAGGGCUGCGUUUAAGAACGGGGAAGGCGAGGAGUGAAGGGAGGCGGCCGAGCCUCCUGGGGAAGUGGAGGAGGGAGGGAGAAAGAGAAAAGAAAGAAAGUUCGUUCUGGAGAAAGGAGGGAAGCAGGGUAAGACAGGAGAAGGAAGCCUUGUUAGACCCUGGGGAAUGAGAUCUGGGGAAAGAGGGGGUUGAAAGGCACGGAGAAGUGAAGGGAGGAAGGAAGGAAGAGAUAGAUAAGAGAGACAGAGACUGGUGGGACAGACGAGGCUCCUCUUGCCGCCACCUCCUCCCAUCCCAGCAGGGCUCCUCUGCUCCCCUCGCCCCAUGCCCAGCUAACGCCUCCUGCGGCUGCUUCUCCUUUCCCUGGACUCCCAGCGGCUGCGGAGGAUGGAGGAGGAGGCCUCCGCCCCGUCGGGGCCCCGCUCGGCGGUGGAGAAACUGUCGGAGGCGGUGGGCCAGCGCACGAAAGCCCUGAGCAGCGCCCUACAUGAGGCCAACCGCCAGCGGCGCCUCCUGCUGGUCAUCGUGUGCGUGGCGCUGCUGUUGGACAACAUGCUGUACAUGGUGAUCGUGCCCAUCGUCCCGGACUUCGUGGCCGCCCUCAACGUCGCCGAGGAACGCCAGCAGGGAGCGCAGCAGCAGCAGCAACAGGCGCCCGUCCCGGCCACCGCUGCCUCCAACAUCUCCACGACUGGUGGUGGCCUGGGCUGGUCCCUCAACAGCACCCGGCCCAUGCUGAGGCCUCGCUACCCGGCCGACAGCGACGACAUCCGGAUCGGGGUGCUGUUCGCCUCCAAGGCCAUCUUGCAGCUGCUGGUCAACCCGCUGAGCGGCACGUUCAUCGACCGCGUGGGCUACACCAUCCCUCUGCUCAUCGGCCUGGGCGUCAUGUUCCUGUCCACCAUCAUCUUCGCCUUCGCCGAGAACUACGGCACCCUAUUCGCGGCGCGCAGCCUGCAGGGCCUGGGCUCGGCGUUUGCCGACACGUCGGGAAUCGCGCUCAUCGCCGACAAGUACACGGAGGAGUCGGAGCGCAACCGCGCGCUGGGGAUCGCGCUCGCCUUCAUCUCCUUCGGCAGCCUGGUGGCGCCCCCUUUCGGAGGCAUCCUGUACUACUUCGCGGGCAAGAGGGUGCCCUUCCUGGUCCUGGCCUUCAUCUCGCUCCUGGACGGCCUGCUCCUUCUGUUGGCCAUCAAGCCUUUCAGCGACAGGUCUCGGGACAACAUGCCCGUGGGCACGCCCAUCUACAAGCUCAUGAUAGACCCCUACAUCGUGGUGGUCGCCGGGGCCCUCACCACGUGCAACAUCCCCUUGGCUUUCCUGGAGCCCACCAUCUCCAACUGGAUGAAGAAGACCAUGGACGCCAACGAGUGGGAGAUGGGCCUCACCUGGCUGCCGGCCUUCAUCCCCCACGUGCUGGGCGUCUAUGUCACCGUCAAGCUGGCAGACAAGUACCCCCACCUCCAGUGGUUCUAUGGGGCGCUGGGCCUGGCCACCAUAGGGGCCUCUUCCUGCAUGGUGCCCGCCUGCCGGAACUUCUGGCAGCUUACCGUCCCUCUGUGUGGCAUCUGCUUCGGCAUUGCCCUGGUGGACACCGCCCUGCUUCCCACCCUCGCCUUCCUGGUUGACGUCCGCUACGUGUCGGUCUAUGGCAGCGUCUAUGCCAUCGCCGACAUCUCCUACUCGGUGGCAUACGCCCUGGGGCCUAUUGUGGCCGGGGAGAUCGUCCACUCCUUUGGCUUUGUGCAACUCAACCUGGGCAUGGGCCUGGCCAACGUGCUUUACGCCCCCAUCCUCCUGGCCCUCAAAAACAUUUGCCAGAUGAAGCCCUCGCACUCUGAGAGGAACAUUCUCCUGGAGGAGGGGCCCAAGGGACUCUACGACACUAUUAAGAUGGAAGAACGCAAAGGCAAGGGCAAACACCUCCACCCGGUAGGGGGCGCUGAAGAGAAUAGCGUAGACUCUUUCCAUAGAGACUUCAGAGGGGCGUCUGAAGAGGACUCUUCAGACUAUGACUAUACUUAGAGGGUGGGCGGAGUACCCCAAGAGGGAGUUAUGGAGAGCAUCUUGGCUGUUAUACCCCAAUGUGCCAAUAUACUACUUUAACCUUUGUCUUGAUGUGAUGGCUUUCUUCUUUUUCUUCUUCUUCUUCUUCUUCUUCUUCUUCUUCUUCUUCUUCUUCUUCUUCUUCUUCUUCUUCUCCUCCUCCUCCUCCUCCUCCUCCUCCUCCUCCUCCUCCUCCUCUCUCAAAGGUAUUACCUCAAACACCCUGUCAAGAUGAAAGCUCCAAAUAACUAUCCUAACAUGAACGGUGCAUUUGCAGAGAUCUGUGAUGGUCUUUUCCUGUUAAAAGAGGGAAGGGCACACGUCCAAAACUCCCUGACAAAAGCCUGUUGUGCCAAGAGGUUUUUCUCGCAAUGUUUGUGUGUGACUUUCGGCUGGUUCACACAUGCAUGUACAUCACUAAGUUUGCCACAUACACGGGGGUAAUGCUAUCCCUUGGAAGCGUUUCACACAAUUACAUGGGUUUUCUUUUUCUUUCUUUUUCCUUACACUUGACUGCGGCACACUUGAUGACUUGAAUGUGUGAACUGACUCCGCCGAGAAAGCGUUGUGUUUUUGAGGUGGUCUGAAAAUUAUGUCUGUGGUGUUGGGCUUGUGAGGGUCUGCUCCUCCUUUGUGAAUCAUCCCCUGGAUUUUGUAGCUCGAGGGAAACAGGUGCCAGUCACUCUGUCCUGCAUAAAUUCUCAUAGAAACACCUUGCAACACUUCUUAAAAUUGUAAGGGAGAAAAAAAGUAAGUUGCCAAAUGCACAUCCGGGGUCUCAAUAAAUAUUGUACAUUUUUAUAAAUAUAUAUAGGUACCUGUGUGGAAACUGUCGGUUUCAUAUUUAAUGCCAGCAAUGGAAAUCACGUCGUAUUAUUUCUCCUCUCAGCGAGGGGGACAGAAAUCUGUAACCAUUUAUU